GGUGCCAUCGGCUCGGGUCCUCCACGGAUCAAAGAGCCACACUUCACAAGACCAGCGCACUGCCUUGGCAAGGGGCGUUUCGAUGCCUUCUUCCCAGUGCUUGUGCACUCCGAGGCAAUCAUCUGACCUGCCCCGCCCACAUCCGACUUCGUUCAGAAAAUUACGCGGAACUGCGUCUGCGGUGACGUCACUUCACGAGAUGUAUCUCCUGGCAAUUCUUCAAGCAUCUUACCAUGAAGCGCCCUGUGCUGCCUCCGGAACCUCGGUGCCAUCGGCUCGGGUCCUCCACGGAUCAAAGAGCCACACUUCACAAGACCAGCGCACUGCCUUGGCAAGGGGCGUUUCGAUGCCUUCUUCCCAGUGCUUGUGCACUCCGAGGCAAUCAUCUGACCUGCCCCGCCCACAUCCGACUUCGUUCAGAAAAUUACGCGGAACUGCGUCUGCGGUGACGUCACUUCACGAGGUUAUAAAGCUCGGCGAUCCUGCUGCUAUCUUCACUGGGCAUGGCGGUACUGCUACGAUGACCUGCGCUAAACGACCUCGACUGCUUUUUGUGCAGGUAAAAAACACUUUAUCCCUGUUCGCACCGCGCACUCGUCAUUUGGGAUUAGUAGUACUGCCAUGCCCUGGCCGUUGUCUUGCGAUUGUGCAUGAUUGUGUUCGCGUUAUACUACAGCUGUUGCUUCUCGCUGGCGACGUAGAAGAAAACCCUGGUCCUGCUAACACUCGUUCUGCCGAUACUCAGCAUAAUGAUGAAAUUUUGUCAGCUUUACAACAAAUACAGUCAAGUCAGGCAUCUUUGCUUACCGAAAUCAAAUCAAUUCACGCCACGCUGGCACAAAACGAAGACACAUUUUCUGAAAUAAGAGAACGCUUGUCAAAGAUUGAAAGCGACUGUUCUUCGAUAAAGCAACUUAACACAGAUAUCGGCAGCCUUCGCACAACCACCGAACAAAUCACAAACCGCAUCGUAAACCUUGAAACAAGGAUAGAUGAUUCUGAGGACAGAUCACGCCGAAAUAACCUUGUGUUCUUCGGUAUCAUGGACGCUGAACGCGAGACCUGGGCGCAGUCUGAGAGGCUAGUAAUAGAUGUCUGUCAGACUAACCUUGGCGUGACCAUGCAAUCCCGAGACAUUGAGCGGGCACAUAGGUUGGGGCGUUUUCGCCAAAAUAAAAAUCGGCCGAUCAUAGUACGCCUCAGUAACUUCAAGGAUAAAGAAGAAAUUCUGUCAUGCGCCAGGAAGCUGAAGGAUUCAGGAAUUAGCAUUUCUGAAGACUACUCUCCCAACACCAGAAUUGCACGCAAAAACCUCGCAGCAUUUGCAAAGGAUAAGUCCACUCCGUACAAGCUACGUCACAAUAAACUUAUUAUCGAUAACUGCGUUUACGUGUUUGACCGUGCUACUCAAAAAGUGAUACCACAAUCAUUAUAGCUACAAGCCAACAACCCUAAGCACCAACGUAAUAAUAUAGAGGACUUGUCCAUUAUCUAUACUAACAUAAGAAGUGUUAUUCCGAAGCGAGACGCACUACGACACUUAAUCGAAACCACUAACUCUGACGUAAUAGCUUUGACAGAAACAUGGCUACAUUCAUCUAUCCAAGAUAGUGAAUUGGCGUUGUCCUUUCCAUCAUUUCACAUCUUUCGCAAGGAUCGUGAUAACAGGCGAGGUGGAGGUGUCAUGAUUGCCACCCACCAUCGCCUUCAGUGCCUGGUGGUUGAUAUUCCCUCUCGCCUAGAAUUGCUAUUCAUCUGUUGUAAUCUAUCUUACCCGCCUGUUAUCAUAGGAACUUGCUACCGUCCCCCUGACGCUGAUGUUUCGUUUAUUGCUGAAUUCCACGAAGCACUUCGCUUACUUACAAAAAAAUAUAGUAAUGCUCAUCUAAUAUUAUUAGGUGAUUUUAACUUCCCAGGUAUCAAUUGGUCUGAUCUCUCAUUUACUGCAGCUAAACAAAACGUAGAAAGUGACUUUGUAAAUUCUUGUCUAACCUUUGGCUUAUCGCAAAUCAUUACCGCAGCAACGCGUCACAGUAAUAAUACAUCAAGCCUGCUGGAUUUAUUUCUAACGUCUCACCCUAAUAAUGUCUCUUCACUUGCUUAUCUUACACCUUUGAGUGAUCAUGUAGUCGUUUUCGCUACUUACAAGUAUCAGCUACCACAUCCACCAAGGGUAAAAAAAACAAUAACGCUUUACGACCGAGGUAACUACGAUGCCAUUAAUGAUGAAUUAGGUGUUUUUUGUGAAUGGUUCCUCAGUGACUUUUCCCAGAGAAAUGUCGAGGAAAAUUGGUGCCUUUUUAAAAAUAAAGUGCAGGAACUAACUAAAACUUACAUUCCUACUGUUACGGUUACGGAGCGAUCUGGAACACCAUGGUUUAAUUCAUCACUCAAACGAAUGAAAAACAAAAAACAACGAGAAUUCCGCGCCGCUAGGUCACUGAAUACGCCUUUAGCAUGGCAGAAAUACCGCGACACCGAAAAAGAAUUUCAGUCUCUUGCCGUUAAAGCAAAGCGCACAUUCUUUUCUUCUACCCUUCCAAACAUGUUAAAAAAUAAUCCGAAAGGAUUCUGGAAAACAGUAAACCCACAACCCGCCAAAUCGGUCUCGCUACGUGAUGAAUGUGAUUGUGUGAUACCUGACUGCACUGUACCCGAUGUUCUGAACUCUGCAUUUUGUUCUGUUUUCACUGAUGAGCAAGACGGCACCUUGCCUGAUACUCCAUUUCUUGAUCAUCCACCCAUGUCGGAACUCAUUAUCACUGCUGCAGGAAUUGAAAAAGCUAUCGAGUCUCUUAAGUUAUCAUCAUCUGCAGGU